AUGGAAAAAGUGCAGGUUUAUAUGGACAAAUGGGCCAAGGAUUUGGAUAAGUUUCCAGUGCUACAGUCAGCACAGGAUGCUACAGGUGUCGAUAAACUAUAUCUUGCUGCCAGUGGUGGGGCAUUACUAUUGCUUCUGCUUCUCGUAGGUUUUGGUGCUGGUCUUAUCUGCAAUGUUGUGGGCUUUGUAUACCCUGCUUUCUGCUCGUUCAAGGCGAUUGAGUCGGAUGAUAAGAAGGACGACGUCCAAUGGCUUACAUAUUGGGUCGUGUACGCGUGUUUUAACAUUGUGGAGAUCUUUGCCGACUUUUUGCUGUACUGGAUUCCAUUCUACUAUGCUUUCAAGCUCGGAUUUCUCUUGUGGUUGUUUAUGCCAUCGACACUGGGUGCUUCUUUCCUCUACAUGCACUUUCUUGCACCUUUUCUCAAGUCACAAGAGUCUCGUAUUGAUCGUGCUAUGAUGGAAGCUGUUAACAACAGUGGUAGUGUUAUUGCAGACAUCAGCGGCGUGGCACAGGACAUUGGAAGAGACGUUAGCAAGGCUGUUGCUCGCAGGAUUGUCGACAAUGCUGCCCAGUAG